CUAACCAACACACUGGGCAACACAGGGAAAAGCUUACCUCGCGAUCAGGCAGUUCAACGUUAUGUUGCGCAGCGGUACAAAGAAGUGACCCAACCGCCAGAAAAACGUGAUCAUAAGCGAAGUACUCGAUCUUCUCUGGACGAUGAGGCUAGACAUGUGUCAUUUUUCGAUUUUAAAGGCCUUAUGGCGCCUGUAUUCACUGAUUUCAAAAACAAUGAAGAACAAACUUUGGAAAUUGAGAAUAUCGAUCGUUACGCCGAGUGGCUAAGUACGAAUCGCAUAAGCGGAAUACUAGUUAAUGCGUUUACGGGCGAGGGUCCAGCGUUGGGUUUGUCGGAGCGUAUACGGAAUGCGGAAGCCUGGUGGGAGGCCUCACAAAAGUAUAAUUUGAUUAUGUUUCUACAAAUCGGUGGCGCACCAUUACCCGAUGUUCUAGUAAUGGCCGAGCAUGCACAAAAAUUGGGUGUACAUGCGGUGCUCUGUCUGCCCGAGUUGUUCUACAAACCAACGACGGUCGAACAGCUGGUCAAAUAUAUGCAUAUGGUGGCCAAACGUUGCAUUGCUCUGCCCUUCUUCUACUACCAUCUGCCGCUCCAAACAGGCGUCUUGCUUAAUAUGUCCGAAUUGUGCAGGAAGGCCGAAGAGCUAAUACCCAACUUUUACGGCAUACAUUUUGAGAGUACUGAUCUAGACGAUGGGGAGGCUUGUUUGCGCGAUGGACGCGUAAUCAUUUUUGGCAAUAGUCGCCUACUGGCUUGCGGCUUAAUGGUUGGCUUCGAAUCGGCGUUGAUGUCAUUUUUGAAUAUACGCCCGGAUUUGGGUUGGCAAAUUUGGAAUGCGAUGUUGAACAAUGACUUGGAUACUGCGAGAGAUUCACAAUUGCUGGUGAAUAGUUUGAUGAGCUCCUACAUCGAUCGCUCAACCGAUGAAGGUUUUGUAGGGGCGAUGAAGCGUUGGUUCAAUGAUGAGGUGAGUAGAGGCAAUGGCGCCGGUUUUCGUAUAGGUGCUGCGCGCAAGUUUUUCUAAGGGGAGUGAGAGAAUUUUAGUUAAUAAUUAUGUUUUUAUUUUUUGAAUGUGUUUCAAAAACGAAUGUUUCGAAAUUAUACUAAUUUGUUCUUAAGCU